AAGCCUCAAAACACCAACCAACCAACCAAAGAAAGAAAAGCUCGACUCGAGCUCGCCGCGAUUGAAUCGCGCAUGGGCACGGCGGCGGGCGACGCGGCGGAGCAGCCACCGGCGGCGCCGGAGGCGAAGAGGGCGGCGGCUCCACGGACGCUGGUGUUCACGUACGGCACGCUGAAGAGGGGCUUCUCCAACCACGGCCUCCUCCAGGACCUGGCCCGGGACGGCGACGCCUCCUUCGUGGGCGCCGCCACCACCGCGCCGCGCCUCCCGCUCGUCUGCGGGCCCUACCGCGUCCCCUUCCUCCUCAACCUCCCCGGCGCCGGACACCGCGUCUCCGGCGAGCUCUACGCCGUCACGCCGCGCGGGCUCGACCGCCUCGACGAGCUGGAGGGCGUCUCCCGCGCGCACUACGAGCGCCUCCCCAUCUCCGUCCUCCUCGCCGAGGGCGCCCAGGUCGACGCCGUCGCCUACUACGCGCACCGCGGCUACGCCGACGACCUGUGGGCGCGCAGCGGCAAGAAGGGGUACCCGGAGUACUCGCCGGCCGUCGCCGACGGCUACAUCCGCCGCAAGGAUCGGCCGCAGCAGCUCACCUUCCUGGAGCAGAUUCGGGUGUUCGUCUCAUCGCAGUCAUCGUAGAACCCAUCAAUUAAUCUCUUUUCUUUUCUUAAUCUAUUUUUCUUCUCUUUGCAAUCACUCCUCCUAUUUGUGCGAUAGCGUGCAUGGGCCAUGUGACAAUCUCUUGUGAUGAAUGGAUGAUCACGCGUGCUACCUAACCUACCAGAUCGCCAUAUCAGGCUAUCGCUGAUCGCGUGAUCUGUAGUAUCACAUCCGUUUGUGUGGGGGUAAAAUCAGCCAUCUUCCUGUAAUAAAAUAGAAUGAUUUUCCAUUAGACUCACUGAUCAUUGGCUGUGAAAUUUGCCGGCCGCCUGUUCA